AUGAGGGCCUCUGAUGUCCUCUGCCAUCAGCUGAAGUGCGGUCAUGCUGUGGGACAGGCCUGGUUUGGGGAAGGAAGUGGUCCCAUCUGGCCUGAUGUAUUUCAGUGCCAUGGGAACGAGACACAACUCUCCCAGUGUGCUGUGUCCCCAUGGAGUCGGGCAGCCUGCUCUCAUGGACAGGAUGUAGGAGUGAUCUGUUCUGGUUCGUCUCCGUCCCUUUCAGUUGGGGGAGUCAGGCUGCUGUCAGGGGGGAGUGACUGUGAGGGCUGGGUGGAGGUUUUCUAUAACCAGACAUGGUGGAGGAUCCACAAGAAGUCCUGGAGCUUCACAGAUAGUUCCGUGGUCUGCAGACAGCUCGGCUGUGGCUCUGCAGCGAAGGUCCGUCCAUCUGGGGCAGACCACAGAUCUCUCCGGCUGAUGGGGGGUGAUGGAGACUGUGCUGGGAGGCUGGAGGUUUUCCACGAGGGCUCCUGGGGUACAGUGUGUGAUGACUCCUGGGGUCUGGCAGAAGCUCAGGUGGCCUGCAGACAGCUGCGAUGUGGGACAGCCCUCAGCAGGCAGAACCCGGUACCAGCCUACUUUGGCCCAGGAUCUGGACCCAUCUGGCUUGGGCGACUGGGCUGUACAGGAAGCGAGUCGUCCCUGUGGGACUGUCCCUCAGCACGGUUUGAGCAGCAAGACUGUGGUCACAAGGAGGACGUGGGGGUUGUGUGCUCAGAGCACAAGCUUCUGCGUUUGUCUGAGGGCUGCUCUGGCCAUACAGAGGUCUACUACAACAGCAGUUGGGGGGGCGUGUGCUUCAAUCACAUGGAAAAGACUACGGCUGCCGUCAUCUGUCGUCAGCUCGGUUGUGGAGAAAAGGGGACAGUCGAUGAGACAAUCUCCAGGCUCAGUCCUGAACCUACAGGAGAUGAUGGUCUCAAAUGUCGCCCCCAUGACUCCUCACUGUGGCAGUGUCCAUUUUCACCAUGGGGGCAGAACACUUGUACUGAUAGCAAGAUGGCUAAGAUCCACUGCUCAGAAGCCGAUAAGGUUAAUUCCCCUUUGGACUUCACUGACUGUGGCUCUUCCACUUACAAGAGUUCAUGUUCAGGCCACUUGCCCCUGAGACUCAUGGGGGGUGCAGACACUUGCUCCGGCAGGGUAGAGGUGUACCAUAAUGGCUCUUGGGGGACUGUAUGCAAUCAUUUUUGGGACCUGGACGAUGCUGCAGUGGUGUGCAGGCAGCUGGGAUGUGGAGCGGCCCUCAGGGCAGAAAGGGAGGACAGUUUCAAGAAGGGAGAUGGUGUCAUCUGGCUGGAUGAGGUGAACUGCAGGGGCAGUGAGCGCUAUCUGUGGCACUGUUCUUUUUCAGUGCAGCAGAGCAGCUGCUCACACAAGCAGGAUGCUGGGGUUACCUGUGCAGGUGGAGCUGUGAUUGCCCCACUAGUGACUGGACCUCCCAAAGACCUUCAGUCCACAACACGCCAGUCUGUCCCAGCAGUGUCCUCUGUGGUUCUUGGGUCCCUGAUCUCACUUCUUCUGUUACUGUUGGCUGGACUGAUGUACAAGAACUGGGUGAUGAGGAAAGAACUCAUCAAGAGUGAACACGACCGACUAGAUCCAGCCAUCUAUGAGGAGAUUGAUAACAAAUAUACUAUCCAAGCAACUGAGCAAGGUGAUGUCCUGGACCAGCUGCCCUUAGACUAUGAAGAGGUGGGGGAAACUGAAGGAGACCAUCUCUUAGAUAAGAGAAAGACUGAAGGUAGUCCAGAAGAUCACGGUAACGCCUCUAUGCCAAAGAAGAUCCAAGAAACACAAUCAGUAGAUACACUGGAGUACUACAAUGAUUCCCCUGCACAUCAGAACCUUGAAUAUGAUGAUGUCACAGUUGACCAGACCAGUGACUAUGACGAUGUUGCUGUGGAGCAAAGCCUGAAGUCUCAGUUAGGACACAGAACUAUUCCAACAUCACUGACCCUUGACGGAAGACUCCCUGAAGCUGACAGCACUGACUAUGAUGAUGUAGGAGAGGAGCCUUUGUAA